AAAAAGCUGGAAGGCUUGGCCCAGCACGCCAGUGCUGCCGCCAGCCGAACACGCACGGGAUGCUGCACGCUCGCAUUGCCUCGAGCUCCGCGUCUUCGCAUGCACUGGAAUGCAGGCGACGGCGCGCGACUCGACAGCUGUGCCUCACCGCUGACGACCGCCGACCAUGUGUGUUGCGCCCGAUUUAGAAGUAGCCUGUCUCAACAUUUUGAGCCUCAUCGCGCGCGGGUGCGCGUUAUCGCACCAACCGCAGCCUGCACCUGCACCCUCAGUCUACCGCACGCACAGCUGCUCAUCGCCACUCAGCACACGGUCGAAUUGUCCAAGUCGACGCCCCGACGCCCCAAGCACGCACGCUCGCUCGGCUGAGCGCGGAAAGUGGACCCGUACACGCAUCGCACUCCUCAGCGACGUCACUACAGUGUCCUGGAUCCACUGCGUGGGCACAGCUUGUGAAGUUGAGCCUGUCGUCACUUCGGUCUGCAGUGCCGUCUGUCCCCGCUCGAGUCCAACGUUUCUCCUCGUCCUCGUGCAUCUAGAACGGACGCGCCGACAGUACAGCUUCGUCACGUGCGCGUCACGUGGUAGGACUCUUGGCACGCAUCUCUCCAAGCUGGUGUAUGUGGGGCACGCCUCUACCCCACGAUUGAUGAGGGGAAGUCGGCCCAUGGAGUAGAGCGAUGGUCGGGCGUACCUUUGCCCCACCUUGCGAUGCACAUUCAUCUUGUCAUAAAAGAUGGCGAUAUUGAUCAACAGACUGACGAGACAGCACUAACCACACCAGAGACACACAGAAGCCAUGCCCAAGAUCAACCACGUACGCCUCGCUGCCCCGAACCGGCUAGCGACAUGACUGA